UUUUAACUUCCCGUGAUAGUGUAAGCAAAAUAUCAAUACAAAAACAAUGAAGAACUCAGUCCAACGUCCAUAGUGAGAGUACAAGCCGAAGUACAAAAGCAGCAGAGGCAAAUUCGAAGCCACGAUUUCAGUUCCAGUUGGAGAAGCGAUGGCGAAAGAGAGAGAACUACUCGUUUACUCUGCUAAAUUGGCUGAACAAGCUGAGAGAUAUGAAGAGAUGGUUGAGGAAAUGAAGAAAAUUGCGAAGUUAAAUGUGGAAUUGACUGUGGAAGAAAGAAAUCUGCUAUCUGUUGGCUAUAAGAAUGUAAUAGGAGCUAGACGAGCUUCCUGGCGUAUUUUGUCUUCAAUUGAACAGAAGGAAACUACCAAACAUAAUGAGAAGAACGUGGAACGGAUAAUUGGUUACAGGCAUGGGGUUGAAGAUGAGCUCUCUAAAAUAUGCAGUAAAAUAUUGUCAAUCAUUGACCAGCAUCUCCUUCCAUGUUCCUCAGCUGGAGAAUCUACUGUGUUCUACCAUAAGAUGAAAGGAGACUACUGUCGGUAUUUGGCUGAGUUUAAAUCCGGUGAUGAGCAUAAACAAGUUGCGGAUCAGUCAUUAAAGUCUUACGAGGCUGCUUCUGCAAUUGCUAACUCUGAUUUGUCUCCAACUCAUCCUAUAAGACUUGGCUUGGCUCUGAACUUCUCUGUUUUCUACUACGAGAUAUUGAAUUCCCCUGAAAGGGCCUGCCACCUUGCUAAGCAGGCCUUUGAUGAGGCUAUUGCAGAACUUGACAGUCUCAAUGAGGAAUCCUACAAGGACAUUACCCUUAUUAUGCAGCUCCUUAGGGACAAUCUGACUCUGUGGACAUCCGAUCUUGCAGAUGAAGGAGAGCAGUCCAAUGCCGAUGAACUUUAGGUAGAGGGAAGGACUUCAAGUGGUGAUAAUACUCCUUGGGCUUUUCCAAAUCACACGCAUGCCUGCAUUCUCGAUUACUACAAGUUCAGCACUCUCUCCCAAAUGCCCGAAAUUCUAGAGCUUGUCGACUUGGAAAGAAUAAACCAAGCAUCUUGGAGAGAGACACUACCCUUUUAGCCUGUGACCCAUUUCUAAUAGGAAUACCUUAUCACCUUCUCCCCAAAUUAUCGAUGUUGGCUGCUUCAAAUAACAGGUUAUUCUUUUGCAUAUGAUUUAGGAAGAAAAGAGAACUUGGACGAAAUGAAGGCAUGUUAGAUGAUGAAACCAGCCUGUUGGAUGUUUCCUAUCUUACGGAAUGGCUUUCGUUUACUCUUUCCUUUCUUCUACAUUUUCACUACACAUAGACUGUCAAAGAGCAACAGUCACAAACUGAAUUUGAAGAUUCCAAAACCUAUACUUGGAUGAAGGUGGAGAUGCUUGGCUACACAUCGAAAGUGAUCAUGAAAAUUCUAAAAUCGCUUUUAGAAAAUACUCAGAGGUGUUUGGGACGCUGAAGAGGGCAAACUUCACCAACUCCAUCAAUUACUUAGAAUCUUGGGGCACCAAAAUCUUAGCUGCCUCCUCUUCAGGUCCUUCUCUUCCCAUAUACACCCCUGCUACAUAUCACCACUCUGUAUCUCGCUACACAAAGCCACUAUAGCUCAACCCGACGAGGCUCAGCUUCAGCACUGAGUUGGCAGCCAUUACACGCAUGAUGCAUUAGGCUUGGAACGAGUCAGACCACUCUGGCGGAGUCCUGAUCGAUUCCCAAACGAAGACAAGGUCUGGCACAUACACAUUCAAGUGGGGUGAAGAUGCGUAUUGCAUUCCCCCAUUGACGAUGAGGAGGUUGGGUUUGUGUUGAUCCUGAGUUUUAAGGAACCCAGCAAUGUUCAUGUAACCCAUCUUUAAGAUCUGUGGUGAUGGAACGAAGUCCACAUCUGAUGAUGGAAGAACGUAGACAUCGAUUUCUCGGCUCAGUGAAGUUGCAAAAGGAAGGCAUUUGGCGGAGGGGUUCGGAAUUGGAUCAAGUUCGUUAGGAGGGGUAAGCGAUUUGUUCUUCAGCUUUGUAACUCUUGAUGUUCAAGUUACGAAUUCUUCUACCACGUAGAAAAAAUGAGAAUGGAGAAGAAUGAAAUUGAAGGGCCAUGCAAUACACAAUAGGAGUUCUCCAAUCCAACACAUGGAGUUAAUCUGAUUUACGUAUUUAUUCUCCACCAUCCCUCUGGCCGUGUUCUCCAAUCCUGUAGCCCAUAUUUUCUGCUAAAAGUACAACAUGAUAUUGUCCCAAAUUUUGGAGAUUAAAGUAAUUUCUGAACUGACCAUUCUAACUUGAAAUUUUCACAAUUUAAUCCUUAUGAUGUACUAGGGCAUAGGGUUUACAAUCUAGAGGGCAUAAAGGUUUUACAAUUCUCUUGAUUUUAAUUUGAACUUAGUCCCUUCUAGUA